GGUGACACUCGCAGACAUAGAGCCCGUGUAUAUAAAGUAGAGAGAGGAAAAAAAUCGCAGGCAGAAUUAGUGUUGUAGAGCGGAGCUGCGGAAGGAGCAUUGAGUACAUGGCACUGGGAGUAGGAAGUAGCACCGAGGAAAGCCAUUGCGCAGCAAAUUAGUGGGGCUUUAGGAGCUGUUUGUAGACUGCGCAUUAGUGCUUUCCCGGGCUUAGAGAGACUAACUGGCCAUAAGCUGCCCCUCUGCUGCGAUUUGGCAAAGGUGUAGGGAACCAUGGCAGACGAAGAGCUCUCCGACCAGAGCGGGAUAAGCACGGGCAACUGCGAUAGCGCCAACUGUAAUGUUCUGAGCUGGGAGCAAGUGCAGCGGCUGGACGCUAUCCUUACCGAAACUAUUCCCAUCCACGGCCGCGGCAACUUCCCGACCCUGGAGAUGAAGCCCAGUCAGAUCGUGAAGGUGGUGCGGAGCCGCCUGGAGGACAAGGGGAUACGAGUCAGGGAUGUUCGGCUGAACGGCUCGGCGGCCAGUCACAUUCUGCACGAGGACAGCGGCUUGGGCUAUAAGGACCUGGACCUCAUCUUCUGCACCGACCUCACAGGGGAGGCCGAGUUCCACACUGUCAAGGAUGUAGUGCUGGACUGCUUGCUGGACUUCUUACCUGAAGGGGUUAACAAGGAAAAGAUCUCGCCCCUCACCCUAAAGGAGGCAUACGUGCAGAAAAUGGUAAAAGUCUGCAAUGACUCCGAUCGAUGGAGUCUUAUCUCCUUAUCCAACAACCAUGGCAAAAAUGUGGAACUCAAGUUUGUGGAUUCUUUGCGGAGGCAAUUUGAAUUCAGCGUUGAUUCCUUUCAGAUUAAACUGGAUUCUCUUUUGCUGUUUUAUGAGUGUUCUCAGAACCCAAUGACUGAAACUUUCCACCCAACCAUUAUUGGGGAGAGUGUUUAUGGGGACUUCCAGGAGGCCUUUGAUCACCUUUGUAACAAGGUUAUUGCCACCAGGAAUCCUGAGGAGAUCCGUGGAGGUGGCCUUCUCAAAUAUUGUAACCUUUUAGUAAGGGGCUUCAGGGCAGCUUCAGAAACAGAGAUGAAGUCCCUGCAGAGGUACAUGUGUUCUAGAUUUUUCAUUGACUUUUCAGACAUUGGUGAGCAGCAAAGAAAGCUGGAGUCUUACUUGCAGAACCACUUUGUGGGAUUAGAAGACCGCAAGUAUGACUAUCUCAUGACUCUUCAUGGUGUAGUCAAUGAAAGCACAGUUUGCUUGAUGGGCCAUGAAAGAAGGCAGACUUUGAGUCUUAUCACCAUGCUAGCAAUUCGUGUCUUGGCUGAACAAAACAUUAUCCCUAAUGUGGCUAAUGUAACUUGCUACUAUCAACCAGCACCAUAUGUAGCUGAUGCUAACUUCAGCAAUUACUAUAUUGCCCAAGUUCAACCUGUUUUCACAUGCCAACAACAUACAUACUCCACUUGGUUACCUUGUAAUUAAGAUUGAGUAAACAGUUAUUAGGAGGAAAAUGUUUCUUACACUUACAAAAAGGGGGAACCCAAUUAUUACAGUGUGGUGCGAUUUUGUGCAGUCAUGAUCUGCUCUAGGUAUGAAUCUUUGUGAAGCUUGUGGUUCAUGUGGUUACAUGGGUGCAAGGCCUAAGCUAGACUAUUGUAAUUGGGUUAAGCUCAAGAGCACAAGCAGCCUAUUACAUUAGUGAUCACCACCCUUAAUGUAUAAGGGAUCAACAGUAAACAAAAGUACAGGCUGGCAGUCCAGCUCAGUUAAUAUUUGAAUUCAAAAAGUUUCAUGGACUUUGUGUAAUGAAGUAAAUAUUCCAAACGAAGGAUUAUUUUUGGAUUUGAAGCAAGUACCCUCUUAAAGUCAAAGAAACACAGCUUGGUUGAAAGAAAUACCCCUUUCCAAGGAGAACGAUACAGUUGCAAAUAUGAUAAAACAAAAUGGUGAAUGCAUCAUUCAUACUUUAUAGAUAUGAAUGUGCAAGAGUUUAGUGGCAGCAAAGAGGACCAAAGAUUUCUUAAAGGUGUAUAGCCUAGAGGAGAGCCUAUAUACCGUAUGUACUUGUUACCUUACUGUAUCAAAGUGCCUGUUGCUUUCAUAAAAUUAAGAAAACAUUUGUUUUUUUGAUUUCAUCAUAUCUAUAUUUCAGGUAUACUAGGGAAAAUACAUUUUUACAUUUGUGAUCUGCAGUGGAGUGAAUGCCCAGUUUUUCCUUAGCAAAUACAUUUAUGUUUAUAUCAGGAGGACACAGAAAGGUGUAUGGUAUACCUGCACAUUCACAAGGAUACAUCAGAAAUAGAGGUCAGCUAAAUGUAGCACUUAGGGAGAGUUCAUAAAAAAUGGGUUAGAACAUUUGUACAGUACAAGCCCUGCAAAGAUUUCCUUGUCCACGCCUGGAUAUUAUGUCUUAUAUAUAAAGGAACACAGAUGAAUCAUAUACUUAUUUAUGCAAAUCACAAACAGAUGCAGUUGUCUAACCAGCUGAUUUUGUAAGUUUCAUGUUUGAUUAUAUCUGCCUUUGAAUAUUUAAGUAACUUAAGCACACUGAUGUGGCUGAAAAACUGAACACAAUUGUAAAAGCAAAAAUCAAACUUUUGAAAUUUAAGUUGCACCAGUGAAAAUGAAAGUGAAUCUGAACACAACUAGGUUUGUUCUUGUUGAAUGCUCAAUUUAUUAGUGCAAUGUAAGACCACUAGGGGUAUUUAAUUGGACUUUUGACUUGCAUGGUUUAUUUUCUUUCAGCAUUUGUUGUCAUAAUGAAACUACCAAAUAUUUUUACACUAGAUGUUCAAUCAGUGUUUACAGUGCUAGUACUGUAUCUACAGUUAAUUCUUAUUCUACCUUUAUCUCUGUAAAAGCCAGAACACUGUUUAAAGAAGCAUUCAUGGUUUUCAUUUAUAUCCUUAUGAUAUGGUGUGAAUGCAUGUUUCUCCCAUGUUUAUUGUAAAGACUUUAUGAGACUCUUGUCAACAAAACUUCAUUGUCAGAUUGCACACCAAAGUGUAAUGACCAGAUACUAUUGUAGUGAACCCAGGGUGUGAAAUCAUUUAACAGUGUUUAGUCUUUUUUUUUUUAUUUGUCAUUCAAAGUUUUGGCCUGCUGCAUCAAUGUGAUGUGAAGGGUUUGCAACUAUAUUUAGUUGAGUUCUGGACAAAUAUUAAAGUUUGAAUUAUUGAGGCAGUUGUGCCAAGUGGUUUUAUGAAGUGACACAACACCUUAACAGCUUUUUAAAUAUUUUUGACAUGUGCAGUCUUAACGUUUAUUUGCCUAUAUAUUUAAAUUGUGAAAAUGGAAUUCUUUUUGCAUGAGUUACAAACCUGACAGAGGAGUAAUAAAUACUUAGUCUAUUUCUAAGUGGUGCUAUAAGGCCUAAUGGUGCUGCUUGCAUUGCUAUUAGUUGGUGUGAAUAUAUUAAACAUAAUUGAGGUCCACUCACCUGCUGAAAACUUAAGAAUAUAGUGACGCAUAGGUUUAUUAGGUAAAAAAGGAUGUUAUUGUACUUCAUAAAUUUGUCCUUUAAAUAGCAAAUAAUUUGAUUAUAUAACUUAAAAGAGUAAUUUAAUAAUAUCUGACAUAGGAUUUGCUGCAUUUUUGUUUCUGAUAGACUCUUUAAAAGAAUCCUUCUUUUCAGAGCUCCCGAAAUCUGAGCCCCACCAACCCCCACACACAUUUAGAUCAAAUGUCUGCCUUCUUCUCUGUAUGUCACUUACGAUUAUUUUAGCAGGAACCUGAUUUAUUUACUGUAGCACCAUUCUUGUGAAAUAUGCAGGAUCUGUUAAAGCUAUUGCACUGCCACUUUCUGUUUACAUGAAAAUUUCUGGCUUUUUCUGUGACUGCUCCUGUCUAUUUUAUGUUUGGUCAGUGGAGAGCCUUCCUUGAUUAAUUGUUAGGAGGAAAGGUUUGGUUCCCAUGGCUCAGUCAUCCGACAGUAAAUCAUAGUUGAGAUGUGCUUUUAUAAAUCUGAACAGUAGAUAUUCACAGGGCUUAUGUGUUGAAUUGAAAGGGAUGGCUGGGGUAAUAGGAUCAGCUGGUGAUGGGGUAUAGCCAUUCUUACCACAACUAUUUGUAUUGCAUAAAUAACUGAUUUCUUAAAUAAAGGUGUUGGAGUAUUUAGUUGUAGCAAAUCUACAAUAAUACUGAAUUAAAUUGUAUUUUUAGUAAAUUAUCCGUGCAGAUCUUUCUCUAAAAUAUAUAUUUUAGAAUUUUAAAUAGGACUGCAGCUGGUGUCCUUCUGGAACGGUUCUAACAGCUGUGUGUCAUUUAUAUUUCAUAUGGUAAAACUGACAACUGAAAACUAAUUUUGAAUGCUAUUCGGGCUAGAAGUUAAUGGAUCUUACAUGUCGAUCAUCUAACUUGAUAGAUAUCUGAAACAGGAGAAAACAAGGUCCCCUUUCAAAUAAAUUACUCUAAAGUCAGCUGUUUGUCUGAAAGACAGAUUUAUUGCUAAUCUAUGUUAAUAACCUAAUACAAAUGUGAUGAAACAUCAGAUAUUUUUAAAGCCAAACCAUUGUAUGUUGCACAAAAAAUCAAGGGAGUAUAACUCUACACAGAUACAACGAAUACAAAUACCAAUUUCAGAAUUUUCUUUUUUCUAAAAUAUUAUUUUGCUUUAUACACUGUUGCUUUACAUAACAUAGAAUAUUAUAUUCAGAGCUUUCACUGAUUCUUGUAAGAUGCUUUUGUACAUGAACUUUUAUUAUGCUGUUAAUUGAUGGCUUUGCCAAUUACAAAAAAAAAUAUUUUCUUUAACAUUUCAUUGUAGAAAAUGUCUAUUAGGUGAUUCUGUAAAAGUCAAAAAAUGUCUGUUAUUUAGAAAUGUAGCAAGUCUUAAAUUGGCAUGUGGGAAAACAGAAAAUAUAUGUAUUUGUAAUCUGGUUGCUUACAAAAUAUGAUUGUGUGGAUUAAUUGCAAUUAAAUAAAAAAGCUUGACUGCUGCAGAGUCUUGCAGCUUUUCUACAAGGCUGAAUGCAGUUGGGUCUCCUCCCUCCUCUCAUCAUAUAAACAUUGCCUUCUCAGAGACUCUCUGUUGUAACAAACUACUUCUUUGAAAAACAUUGACCAUAGAUCGUCUAGAACAGGCAGGAAAUCAGAUGAUACACAUGUUGUUUGCAUCCAUGCUAAAGAAAAAGGAUUGUGAAUUUUGUUUACAGCAUCCAAUAUUUGGAUAUAUUUUGUAAAUAAAAAUGAUAUUUUUUCUAA